UUGCCGCUGCCGGCAGGACCGAGAGUGCAGUCUUAAGACUCGAUCAUGGAUCUCAAAGGAGCGUGCUUCGUUUUGUGCCUUCUCUUUCUUAUCCACUCUUCUCUCCAACAGUCUACCCCAAAGAAGAAAACUCUGAGAAAAGAAUCUGCCAAACCGAGCGACAUCGAGGAGCUGCAGAAGAAGGUUGAAGAGAUUAGUAAAGAGUUGUUGCUGCUGAAGGAACAGCAGGCUUUGCAGACAGUUUGCUUAAAGGGAGUCAAGAUCCACGGAAAGUGCUUUCUGGCAGACACCGAGAAGAAGUCCUUUCACACAGCCAGUGAAGACUGCAUCUCCAAGGGGGGCAUACUUAGCACCCCCACAUCCAGUGAAGAGAAUGACCAACUGAACGACUACGUGCAAAAGAGCAUAGGGCGCGACACAAAGAUUUGGCUGGGCAUCAAUGACAUGAUGACCGAGGGUCGGUGGCACGAUCUGACAGGCUCCGACGUGACCUACACCAACUGGGAGACCAACCAGAAACCAGGCAGCAACCCGUCUCAGAACUGCGCCGUCCUCUCCAGCGCGUCUAAGGGGAAGUGGUCCGAUGAGAGCUGCCGCGCAGACAAGGCCUUUGUCUGCCAGUUCAACAUUGUCUGAGUGCCUCAAAGCCAAGCUGGUGCUCCAGCUGUUGGUGCAACAUAAAGUCUUGCUACCCAUCAUUUCAUGCUACCAGAUGAACUGCACAUUCACAUUCAGAGGGAUGUCCCCUUGAUCAGUCAGUUGUAUUUGGCUAAAAACAUUUUAAGAUUUUGCAAUAAUGAUGAUACGACUCUAAAAGUUGCUUACUUACAUUAAUAUUUUUUACACAGUAAUCAAUGUUGGUAGCACAAAUUGACCAGGCAACACUAUACUAGCAGUCUUAAUUAUGUCCUACCACCCUUUGAUGUCAUAAGCCAUUCCAUGACUUCUUUUGUUAAUAUAUGGUGACUAUACAGAUAGCAAAUUUCCUCUUUCUCUUUCUGCAACUGAUCAUUGUUAUUACACAAGGAUGUAACUGAAAUCAAUUAAAGAGAGCUCAUCAAGGACAGCUUCAUAUUACUCUGCAGCUACUUAUAUUAAGGAAAUGCUAGUAAAUCCCACAAUGCAGCUGUAAUGAAUCAAAGUGGAACAGUUGUUAAAAUCAAUAAAAAGGAAGCAAAAUAGGCAUAGAUCUCAUGACAACUAUGGCCAACCGGUUUAAACAGGGCCAAAGUGGUUUACAUCAGAUAACUCAUUUGGGUUUGAGUCAGUGAAAGUUUCAUUGUGCAGAAAGCGUUAAAAUUUGUACCACUUUUCUUGCACUUUCCAAUCUUGUCAACCUCUUGGAAUUUAUGAAAUUAAGAUUUGUUUUUUCAGUUUGCUAGCCUUUGUAUACUUGUUUGUUUUCUAAACAAAAAAUGACUAGCCUCCUGUAACUGAUCAAAAGUGUAACUCUUCUAAAUAACUCAAUAAAACUCAUUU